CGUGAACAUAUCCAUAGAUAUAAAGAUAUUUCAUUGGACCACAUACAAAUAAUUCAUAUAAAUAAAUAAAUAGUAAUAAAUAAAAGUUAUAAUAAUUAGUUAACUAUUAAAUCAUGUUAAAGCGUUUUGUGGUAUUGUGAUAUUGUGAUCUAGUUCCCUAAGUAUACGCUAAAAUGACAUUAUUUGUUAAAAAGUAAAAUAACCCAACUGAUCAAUAACUUUUCAGCGGCAAAUCAUCCGGUCAUGUCUUGUCCAGUCUUGAUUACGUCUGCAUCUUAAAUCAUGAUAUAAACUGGUUUUCUGUCAAUGUCAUGGAUAUAUUUAUUAACAUAUAUAAGUAUCUAUACUCAUGGUAAAGGCACAGAACAUUGUUUUGUGGUAAAGGUUUAUAGAUAGUUAUAAUAAAGAUAAUAAUUAUUAUCUAUAAACCUGUGGUUUUGUUGAUAAUUGAUAAUGUUCAUAUAUUGAUAACAUUAAAUGUGCUGCUUAGUGCUUUUUAUCAUUCCAUACAGUUGAAUAAUACUAAGAUUGUAUUACAGUUAUGACUAAUUAUAAUUUAUAAAUAUUGAAUUAUAUCAAUUAAUUUUGGUUUUAGAGUAAAAUAGAAAAAAAAUGUACAUAAAAAAAUACAUAACAAAACAAAUAUUUAACCGAAUUAGACCUCAAAGGAAUAAGAGCACGAAAAAUAUAGAUGAACACAAAUGGAAAAGUGUAGUUGGAUUAGAAGUACAUGCUCAGAUUUCAAGUGAAUCAAAAUUAUUUAGUUCAGCUGGUUGUAAGUUUGAAGCAUCAGUUAAUUCUCAAGUAUCAUUAUUUGAUGCAGCGAUUCCUGGAACACUUCCUAGAUUAAAUGAAAAAUGUGUUGAGGCUGCUAUAUUAACUGCUUUAGUACUGAAAUGCAAUUUAAAUAAAAUAUCAUUAUUUGAUCGGAAACACUACUUUUAUGCAGAUAUGCCAGCUGGUUACCAAAUAACUCAACAAUUUAGACCAAUUGCAGAAAAUGGAGAGUUGAUGUUUCAUGUUAUAGAUCAAAAUGUAAAAAAAGAUCCUUACAUUAAAACUUCUUUUAUUAAACAAAUACAACUAGAACAAGACAGUGGCCGUACAGUACAUGAUGAAUCUUCUCAAACGUCUCUUAUAGAUUUAAAUCGAGCUGGAAUUGGAUUAAUGGAACUUGUGUUUGAACCUGAUUUAUGCAAUGGUUUAGAAGCCUCCUCUUUAAUCAAAGAAUUAUUAUUAAUAUUUGAAAGUAUUAAAACAUGUUCUGGUCGAAUGGAAGAGGGUGCUUUAAGGGUUGAUGCAAAUGUUUCUAUCACUAAUAGAGAUGAAUUAGGCACACGAACUGAAAUUAAAAAUUUGGGAAGUGUAAAGGCAGUUCAAUUGGCAGUUGACUAUGAGAUUUUUCGUCAAAAAAAUAUAAUAAAAAAUGGAAAAAAAAUUGUCAAUGAAACAAGAGGAUGGGAUUCGGUGUCUAACAAAACAAUAUCAAUGAGAGAUAAAGAAGUUCUACAAGAUUAUCGGUUUAUGCCAGAACCAAAUUUAUUACCACUUAAUUUAAAUGCAUUUGAUAUUAAUAAAUUACAAUUAAUUAUACCCGAACUACCAUUUGUUAUUCGUAAAAAUAUAAUGAAAAAAUAUGACUUGAAUAUAAGGAAAACUUGUAUUUUAAUGAAUGAACCUGUUUUAUUAUCAAUGUUUUUUGAUAUAAUGAAUCAUGAUAAAUCUAGAAAUCCAUCAAGAGUUUGGAACAUAUUGACAAUAGAUUUGUUGACAGAGUUACAUAAAAGAUGUAUUGAAUCAAGUCAAUGCAAAAUUCCUUCAAAUUUUAUUGGUGAAGUUGUUGAUUUACUAGAUAAUAAUACAUUGAACUUAGCUUAUGCAAAGAAAGUAAUUUCUGUAUUAUUUGAUGAAACAAAUAAAUCUCCAUCACAAAUUGUUACUGAAAAUAAUUGGGAACAAAUUUACGAAGAAGAGAAAAUAGAUCAUUUGUGUAAAGAAGUUAUGAUUGAGUGUCCAAAGGCUGUUAAAGAUUAUCGCAGAGGAAAAGUACAAGCAUUAAAAUUUUUGAUAGGUCAACUAGCAAAAAAAACAAAUAAUAAAGUAAAUAUAGCUUAUGCUUCAAACAAAUUUGAAGAAUUAUUAAAAAAUGAAUGAAGUGUUUUUAAUUUUAUUGUUUUGUUAAAUAUGUUGUAACAAUUUGUAUAAAAUAAAAUAUUUGUAUAAUCCUAUUUCAUUUGAAUGCUUAAAGUAUUCUAUUACUAAUUAUGUAUUUAUGUAAGUAAACUAAAACUAUACUAAACUAAAAUGUAAAUAAAAGUAUUUACUUCAUUAUUAUUACAAAACUUGAGGAAAGGACUAACUCAGAGAUAGUUCUAUAGAAGCCUGAUCUAAGUUUAUGUUAUAGAACCUAGAAUUUUAUUGUUCAAAGACCUUAACACUAUAGAUGAUACCUUUUCUAUAAUAGUUUUUAUUAUUUAUAUAUUAUAUUUAAAAAUAUCAUUGUUGCGUGCUGUCGCUCGAUCGUAAUUGAUAGUUAAGUUUUUAAAGGAUAGACUUCAA